UAUAAAAGCUCUUCUGCAAGCCAAGGCAGCAGCAGUGUCAGCUCACCACCUUGGUCACCACCGUUGUCACCAGCAGCACAGAGAACCUUCACCAUGAUCUUCAGAGUCCUCCUGCUUCUCUCAGUCCUGGCCUGCAUCGCCUUCUCACAUAACAUUGUGGGGGGGCGCUCGACGUGCCUGUGCCAGAGCACUCGUGACAAUCUCGGGGUCAAUCCUCGGAACAUCAAGAACUUGGAGAUUUUUCCCCCAUCAAACUUUUGCGAGAAGCUGGAAAUCAUUAUCAACCUGAAGAACGGGAACCAGUACUGCCUGAAUCCCGAAGCCCAGAAAAUCCGCCGAAUGAUUAAAAAACUGCAAUCGAAGAUGAUGCCCUGAUGUGGAGGAAGGUGACCCCCCCCCCCAGCCGGCAUCUGAUUGGACACCGAAGCUGGACACGAUCUCCCCGCCCCCAGAUACAGGAACCACCCAGUCCUACUGAUACUCAUACAGAAUGUAUCCACAUGUGUCAUUUAAAUAAUUAAUGGUAUAAACAUCGUUGUCUAUUGAUGUGUUCGUAUUGUUACUAAUCACAACCCUGUACUGUAUAAGUGGUUGUGGAAGAUGGCUGUAUUCUGCAUAAUGCAAAAUAUAUUUUUCUAUUGCUGGUAUUUUCUUAAUAUAUAUUUUCUAUGUAGUAUAGCACUAUAUGGCAAACUGCAUUCAGUUUUUACAUUGUAUAACAUACUCAUUUAUUAUUAUUUAACUAUAUUCAAUUAAUAAACACAAAAAAAACAAA